UAUUAAUUGAAAUUUGAUAUUUUAAAGAAUUUUAAAUUUUUAGUACAUAUUUAUAGUAUUGAAUAUUUGGAAAGAGAAUUUGAGUUUUCAGGGAUGUUCUAGUAUCGAUUUGAGUGACGUAUAUGUCCGUAAUGUCAGAAGGUAGCGGGUGUUCUCGGGAGGAGUUAGGAAUGUAUUGAAUUGCGGAGUAAGCGUACAACCCAUGUAAAAAUGCAUUACCAUCUAAUUAUCUUGUGUUAAUUGAGUAAUGUUCUUCAAUACUCUAACCUGAGCGGGGAAAGUUGAAGAUUCUCAUAAACUUGGCAUCAUGGCUUCUCCUGCAGUACCUGUUGACCCAUGGGUAAUCCAACCACGAGAAAGAGCUCGCUAUGAAGAGCAGUUUAAAUCUUUACGUCCAGUAAAUGGGAUUGUUACUGGAGAACAAGCCAAAGGUUUUCUUCUACAAUCCCAGUUGCCACCUGCUGUGUUGGGCCACAUAUGGUCAUUGGCUGACACUGAUGCUGAUGGUAAAAUGAACAUAAACGAGUUUAGCAUUGCAUGUAAGUUGAUCAAUUUGAAACUGCGUGGAUUUGAAUUACCAAAAGCACUCCCUCCUAGUUUUUUGCAGCAUGUCACUAGUCCUCCAAGUGUUUCAGGAAACUUGAUUAACAGUACUCUGCUACAGAGUGUUCCUCCUGUGGUGCCUGCAGUUCCACUAGUAGGGUUACCCAAUGCUGCUAUCAACCCACCUCUUAUAGCUCCCCAAGCAGCAAUCCCUCCCAUGUCCAUGGGAAUAGCCCCCAGUGUUCCUCCAACUGCUGUGGGUAUUGCACGGCCCAUGGGUCCUUCCUUAAGCAUGGCAUCGGUGGCACCAACAACAGUUACAGCAGCACCAAUGGGUUUAACAGCAGGUGUGCCUCCUGUUGUUCCUACAGCUAUUCCUCAUGGUAUCCCUCCCUCUGCACCUUUAGUUACUGCCAUGGUUAUGCCCACAAGUGUGCCAACUUCUGUUCCUGUGGGAAUUGCCCAACCUCUCACCAAUGGAGCUGUGGUGGGUCAGAAUGUUGCUCCUCCCCGACCACCACCAGUAGCUGCAGUUCCAGUAUCAGGAGCACCUGCUGUAGAACGAGUAGCUUCUCUUGACUCUCCGUUAUCUGUGGGUUCUCCGUUGCAAGAGUGGGCAGUACCUCACCAAUCAAAAUUAAAAUACACUCAGCUUUUUAAUACUACUGAUCGAGCACGAUCAGGGUAUCUCUCUGGUCCUCAAGCUCGAAAUAUAAUGGUACAAACACAGUUGGCACAGCAAGUUUUGGCUCAGAUUUGGGCUUUAUCAGAUAUGGAUUCAGAUGGUAGAUUGUCUUGCGAAGAAUUUGUUCUGGCAAUGCACCUCUGUGACAUCGCAAAAGCUGGAGAGAAGAUUCCCACUCCAUUACCUGCAGAUCUGAUUCCACCUACAUUCCGAAGACAACGUCAGGGCAGCAUUCCUGGUGCUGCUGGUGCAGGAGAACCAGUGGAAGGAAAGGAUGCUGCUUCUAGUCUUCCUACUGUUACAUUUGAAGAUAAGCGCAAAGAGAAUUUUGAAAAGGGGCAGGCAGAAUUGGAACGUCGUCGCAAAGCUUUGCUUGAAAUUCAACGCAAAGAGCAAGAAGAACGUGAUCGUAAAGAGAAAGAGGAACAAGAAAAACGAGAAAAAAUCAGACAAGAACAAGAGCGUCGCAGACAACUAGAGCUUGAAAAACAGCUUCAGCGGCAGCGAGAGCUGGAACAAGAGAAGGAAGAGCAGCGCCGUCGUCAACAAGAACAGAGAGAGGCAGCUCGCAGGGAAAUGGAGAGGCAAAGACAGUUGGAAUGGGAGAAACAGCGUUGUCAAGAACUUCAGCAACAAAGACAACGAGAACAGGAGAAAGUGUUGCAAUUGAAGGCAAAAAACCAGAAUCUUACAAUUGAACUGUCACAAUUAAAUGAAAAGGUGAAGGAACUUUCUCAAAAGAUAAGUGAGACUCGAGUGGGAGUGUCUGGUGUUAAAACCACAAUUGAUGGAAUGCGCACUACUCGUGACUCUCAACUCCAAGAGAUGAGUGCAUUGAAAACUCGCCUGAAGGAACAGAACCAACGUUUAGUUGCCCUAAGUCAGGAGAAGGCUCGACUUGAAGCUCGAAAUAAGUUAAACAUGGCAGCUGAUUCUGCAACUCAGGAACAGGUGAAGCUUGCUUUCAGCAACAAGCAAAUAACUUUGAAACAACUGAGAGAUCGUCUUGCAGACUUGCAGACCGAGAUUGAAGGUAAAAUGGAGGAUAUUGAGAAUAAUAAUACUCAGUUGGGAGAGUUGAAGCGCCAGUUGGGUGACUUGGUGUCUGAAUGUGAACAAAUUUACAGUGCUUAUGAGCAGAAGCGAAAUAAAGUUUUAGAUAUGAAAGGGGGUAGGAGAGAUCCUUCAGAUUAUUCAACUUCAUGGGGUGAUUCAGCAUGGGAUACAGCUCCAACUACUUGGAAUACAACAGCUCCUACAAGUUGGCCAUCAGCUGAUUCAGAGCCUUCUGCAGCCACUACAAACAUGUUAAAAUACAGAGCCCUGUAUGAAUUUCUUGCUCGGAAUGCUGAUGAACUAUCAUUCCAACCAGGCGAUAUCAUCUUGGUAUAUAGUACUUUCUACAUUCCUAUUCCAUAUUAUGAAGUUCCCAAAGACCAGAAUGCAGAGCCAGGUUGGCUUGCUGGCGAGAUACGAGGCCAAACUGGUUGGUUCCCUGAAUCUUAUGUGGAACUGUUAGAGAGUCCUACUUCUGUUAUACCUUCUGAGGGUAUAACUGAUUCGAAUCUCAGUUUUGCUACUGAAGGUGUGGGUGAAGCCCUUCAAGGGAAGCGACCUCUAGAAGGUAUUGCAGAAGUUCCUGAGAACGUAAGUGAUAACGGAUCAGUACCUGAAGGUGGUGAUGUUGGUCCUCAAGUACUCAAUGAUAUGGCCAGUCCUGUUAUAGGCCAGGGUGUACUUGUUAGUGAUGUGGAAGCACAAGCUAUUUAUGUAUGGCGGGCCAAGAAGCCAUCACAUUUGUCAUUUAAUAAAGGUGAUGUCAUCCGAGUCAAAGAACAACAAGAAUUGUGGUGGUAUGGUGAACUUGCUGGAGCUCAUGGAUGGUUCCCCAAAUCUUAUGUCAAAGUCUCGUCAAAACCUGCAGAAUCUGGAGAAGGAGAAUAUUACAUGGCAAUGUAUCCUUACCAGUCAGUAGAGGAAGGUGAUUUGAGCUUCCAACAAGGUGAAAUCAUUCAAGUUAUUAAGAAAGAGGGUGACUGGUGGACUGGCAUGAUUGGUGAUAGACAAGGUGUCUUCCCAUCAAACUAUGUUCAGUUGAUGCAGGGAGAUACGGCAGUUCCCACAGAAGAUACUACUCAAAUAAUGCCUGCUGCAGAGGAACCUAUUCAAAUUUCAUCUACCACCCCUGUGACAGUAGCCCCAUCACCAACUCAAGUGGAGCAACCAACAGGAAGCAGCUCAGGAACCCCUGAUUUCACAUCAAGUGGUGCUGCAGCUGCUCAGCUGGAAGACUUAGGCGAAGACAGUGACUUUAAGGGAUGUGAUGUGUCUCCAAGAGAUUGUGUUCAAGGAAAAGGCAAGAAACCAGAAAUAGCUACUGUGAUUGCGCCAUAUCAAGCUACAAGUGGUGAACAGUUAGAUCUUCAACGAGGUCAAUUGAUUAUGGUGCGGAAGAAGUCAAGCACUGGUUGGUGGGAAGGAGAGCUGCAAGCAAAGGGUCGUAAGCGCCAAAUAGGUUGGUUCCCUGCUUCCUACGUGAAACUUCUUGGAAGUGGCAGUAAUCGUAGUACUCCUGUGCCACAUCAAAAAGCUGAAGAUGAUCUACCCCAACAACAAACUCCUGUGGAACAGAAGAAUCAGCCUACAGAGCACAAAGUUUCACAGGAAACUCAGCAGAUUGAAAAGGUGAUCGCUUUGUAUCCCUACUGUGCUCAAAAUGAGGAUGAACUGAAUUUUGAGAAAGAUGAUGUGAUAACUCUUCUGGCGAAGGAGGAACCAUCAUGGUGGCGAGGUGAACUAAAUGGUGUGUCAGGACUUUUCCCUAGCAACUAUGUUGCUAUGCUUUGAAGUUGCAAGCACAGCUGGCUACUGGCUGUGGGCCCACUCACCACUCAUCGAACACUACAAUUCUUGCUAACUAGCUUCCUGUGUGGAAGAGGCAUUGCCACUUUAGUGAAUAAAGUCAUUUUUGUAUUCCAAAGUUAUAUUAUGUGUGAUGGAUCACAUGUUUAUGGUCUUGUUCAUAUUGCUGUCAUUGCUUUCUUUAAAGUGGAUCCUACAGAACGCACGAGACAAGAUUACAUCUCUGAAUUAAUCAACACUGAAGAAGUUUACAUUCAAGACAUGGCUUUAGUGCAUGAAGUAUUUGAGAAACCCCUUCUUGAAGGUCAAGUUUUGUCUGAAAAACAAGUUAACAAAAUAUUUGUGAAUUGGAGAGACAUUAUAGAGUGCAAUCAUAUGUUUCUGAGGGCUUUACGAGUACGGCGGGACAUGAGCUCAGGAGGAGAGAUCAGAAUGAUUGGUGACAUUUUGUGUGAAAAUUUACCUCGAAUGACAGCGUAUAUACGAUUCUGUAGCUGCCAAUUAAGUGCAGCUUCAUUCUUGCAACAGUUGACAGAGCAGUCUUCUGAGUUUCGUGAUUUGGCACGUCAGUGUCAAGCUGAUCCACGAACUAAAGGAAUGCCACUUUCAUCCUUUCUAAUAAAACCCAUGCAACGUAUUACAAAAUAUCCUCUCAUAAUCAAGAAGAUUUUGGAGUAUACCCCUAAAGGCCACCCAGAUUGGCAAAAUUUACAGGAAGCAUUAUUGAAAGCUGAAGAGUUUUGUAAACAGGUAAAUGAAGGUGUACGAGAGAAAGAGAAUUCUGAUCGGUUGGAGUGGCUACAGAGACAUGUACAAUGUGAUGGAUUACAGGAAGAAUUGGUGUUCAAUUCUCUAACCAAUUCACUUGGUCCAAGAAAGUUUCUCCAUCAUGGUGUGCUUCACAAGGCUAAGAGUGGCAAGGAAUUAAUGGGUUUCCUCUGUAAUGACUUUUUCUUUAUGGCUCAGCCCAAUAAAUCUUUGGUUGGAAACAAUUCAUUCUCAUUUGAAAGAAAUACAAAUAUUACUUUUAAACUAUAUAAGAAGCCUUUGUUUCUCAAUGAAAUAGACAUAAUAACAGAUGAUAAUCAGACACCUGUUAAUUCUAAUGGUGUUCAAGUUGCGUCUGACUCACCAGAUGCCCAACGUGUAUUGCGUCUUCAAGAAAUGACAUCCACAGUUUGCCAUGUUCUUGUUACUCCAUCAGCAUCAGAACGAAAUUUGUGGUUGAAAAAACUGGAAGAAGCUCGUAAAAUGUUCUUGGAAAAUGAAAGUUCCCAUUUUCAAAGACAACAAUCCAAACAAGCCCAGUUUGGGGCAUGUGGCCGUGUGCUGGUAGUCGUCAUGGAGGGAGAUGGCCUGAAACAUAGUUCAGUUAGUGUUCGCCAGAGACCACUGAAGGGCAUGCUGAAAGUAGACAUUGUUAAAGCUGCAGAAUUAGACACAAACAAACAUAAAGGAAAAUGUGAUGCCUUCUGUGAAGUGAGUAUGGGAUCACAAGAAAAUCAUACAACAGUUGUGAGUGGUACUCUUAAUCCUCGAUGGAAUGCUUCUAUGCAAUUUCUUGUAAAAGAUUUGAAAGAAGAUGUCUUGUGUAUAACAGUAUUCAGCAGGGGACAUUUCUGUCCAAAUGAAUUUAUGGGAAGGACUGAAGUAAGAGUUGCUGAUAUAUUGCGUGAAACAGCCAAUUCCCGUGGACCUAUAAAUAAACGCUUAAAACUACGAGAAGUGGAAGCAGGAGAAAUUGUGCUCAAAUUAGACCUCCAUCUUUUCUCUAAACAUGUAUAAAUUAUAUAUUUUUUGUAGCAAAAUGCAUGAUUUUCAAGAAUCACUACAUUGAUUUUUCCCAAAAUAAGCUGUGAUAUAUGUAGACUGCAGUAUUAUUCUUUAUUUAGGUUAUUCAUUACUGUUAUCUUAGCUUUAUCGUAGUAUAUUUUUAAAUUGUCUUCAUCAUUUAUAUUUUUCUCAAAUGUUUACUUUCAAUUCUGUCAAAUCAUUUUAAAUGGCCUUUGAGGCAUGAUUUUGUAUUAUAUAUUUCUGAAGUUUUAUUCACAGAUGCUUCAUGAUUUUGAAAUAUUUUUUACUAGUCAUUAUUUCUUGUAAUAAUGACAAUACUCAAGCAUUUUUAAUAAACCAUAUUUAUGUACUAUGUAAUGUAUUUAAGAUGCAAGAAAAAAUUUCUUGUUGAACUGAAUAAAUAUUGGAAGACAGCUUGGUUAUUGAAGUUUUAAAUGUUUGAAAAGUAAAAUAAUUUUAUUUGGGCCUCGUAUUCUUCAAACCAAUGUUGAUAAUAAAUUGUAGGCUGCAUGCAACAAAUAGUUAAAUAUAAUAAUUUAUUUGCUAAGCUCUUUUAAGAACAAAUUUUAGCAAAUUUUAUUUUUCUUUACUUAUAAUCAGAAUAUUUAUAAAAAGUAUAAUUUUAUCCUUGUAAAUUCAGCUGUGAAUAAUAAGAAUUUACCAGCAUUGCACUACUAGUAAUAGAAACAAGACGACAAAGAAAAUGAAAGGAAAUUAGAAAAACCUUACUUAUGAGCCAAAUCACAUGAGUUUAGCAUUAAAAAUUAUGUAUUCUUUAAGGCACUCUAUUAGUGAAAACAGUGUUUUAUAUUUCAUCUUCAAAGCACUAGGGUACACUUUUUCAAAAUUUCUUCAUGGACAAGUGACGUGCUGUGAAAAGUAUGCUCAACAAUACAUUUUGUUCCCAGAUUCAGUUACUUGGUCAAGAUUUCAUUCACUUCCAAAGUAUAACUCGGAAGGAAAUAGAAAAAAAAUUCGAUCCUAUCAAUUCCAAUCUAAGAUACGAGGAAUUUAAGAUACUUGAUUCAGUGCUCUCGAACAACAAAAAAUUAAAAUUCUGUGGUGAGAGUCUAUUUUCUGAAAUGUCGCAUUGGGGGAGUAAUUUUCAUUAUUACUUGAAACAAAUAAGAAAAUUGUCUCGUGAGACUACUAUGGUGAAAUGUAUGUGUGCAAUACUCUGUACCCUCUCUGUAUCCUCUUUCUACUGUGAAGAAAUUUACAGGUUACACACAAUUAUACACUGUAGACGUCUUUUUGCCAUUACUCCAAAACUAAAUGUCUUCAUUGCAAGAGAAUAAAAAUAAAUUUGCCUAUUUGCAAUGCAUUGAAAAAAGCACCUGUAAAGUUCAGUCAUAUAACAAUGCCACAAAAUGUGUGACUCAUGAUUGUAUGCAGUUAAACACACAAAUGAAUGCAUACUGGAAAAAAUGAAGUUUCAUCCACAUGUUAUUAUAUAAUAAAAGUGAGAAUGUCUACCUAUGUCUUGUACUACACCAUAAAUAAUAUGAAAGAACUUUAGAUCAUCAUAAGUACAGGAGAUAUUUGUAUUAAAAAUGCAAUAGUUUAAUAUAAUUAAAACUAAUCUCAUGUAACGUUGCUAAAUUUUAUAUAUCGGAUUACGGGAGCAAAACCAUAUUCCUCAAAUGUUGUCAAAUAAGAAAUUAAAAUAUGAAAAUUAAUUCAUGAUUAAUGGUGCAAUAUUUUCUUACAAUUCCAAUGAUUUUCUGAAAACAUAGGGUUUUGUAUUUCAUUCUUAUUCAGUAAAGUUGUAAAGCAAAAAACUUAAGAAAACAACAUCCAAAUAGAAGUGAACUGAAGUUAUUUCUUGCUCAUGAAGAAG